AUAAUCUUCCAAAAGCCAUUGCAGCAGCUCACACAUUUCUUCUGAAGCAUCCAGAUGAUGAAAUGAUGCAAAGGAACAUGGCCUUCUAUAAGAGCAUACCUGAUGCUGAGGAGCAUAUUAAAGACUUGGAGACAAAGCCUUAUGAGAAUCUCUUCGUCAGGGCUGUGAGAGCAUAUAAUGGUGACAACUGGAGAACAUCCAUCACGGACAUGGAACUUGCUCUUCCUGAUUUCUUCAAAGCCUACGAUGACUGUACAGCAGCCUGUGAAGGCUCCCGAGAGAUCAAAGAUUUUAAAGACUUCUACCUCUCCAUUGCAGAUCAUUAUAUUGAAGUCCUUGCAUGCAAAGUGCAAUGCGAGAGUAAUCUGACACCCAUUAUAGGAGGCUUUGUUGUUGAAAAAUUUGUGGCCACAAUGUACCAUUACCUGCAGUUUGCUUAUUAUAAAUUGAAUGACAUGAAGAAUGCAGCUUCUUGUGCUGCUAGUUACCUUCUGUUUGACCAGAAAGAUGAAGUGAUGAAACAGAACAUGGUGUAUUAUCAGUACCACAAAGACAAAUGGGGACUUAAAGAAGAGGAUUUUCAGCCCAGAUCGGAGGCAGUUCGAUACCACAAUAUAACAACGCUCCAGUUGGAAAUGUAUGAAUUUGCAAAGGAACAUCUGAUGGAUGAUGAUGAGGGUGAAGUUGUGGAAUUCCUUGAUGAACUGUUAGAAGUAGAAGAAAAGAAGGAAUCCUGAUGAGUGAAAUCACCACAAAGUAUUUUACAAAAGUGAAGACUCACCAUUGCUCCUUACUAUUGUUUUUGGUCACCUGUAGUUCCAGUUAGAAAUACCUCAAAGUAUCUCCUUUAAGCUCCACCUUAUGUCACAAGACCCACUCCUGGAAGAUCACCUCUGUGCUGCACUGACUCUUCCGUGAGCAUGGCUUUUCCCGGUGCACUUACAGAAUUGGUGCAUCUGGGUUUUGCUC